UCGAACGAUGGCCGCGUGGAGGUUUUUCUUUCCUUUAUUUCUCACAACUAUUCCCUCCACAGCGGGAUUCUCUCUCGUAAUCGCAGUGCGAGCCCUUGGCGCUUGGCGCAAAAGGCAAAUGGCCGCCGUCUCGUACUAAACACCGUUGUAACACUCCGCUUUUUGCAACGAUGUAAGUGCACAUUCCCGAAAUAAACAGUUGUUUUCAUAUUAGCGAUAAAAGAAAAGAAAACAAAGAUGAAUCUCUCGUGGCGGCGGAGAUAAUUGCAACAAUCGGACAAAACGCAGUGAGAAUUAAUAAUACCGGAGCACCGAAAAUAGCCAAAAUAAGAAGUGUUUUCUUACGUCCGUGAUGUGAGGGUCUGUGCAAAAUUAGUGUGCGCGGUCCUUAAUUUAAUUUUUUUUUUAAUUUUUUAUUUUAUCUCGUCCUCACGCGCAAAGAAAGUAGAAUCGUCAAAUGUCAAUCUGGUGAAGCGCGAAAGGGUCUCGGAAUUCUUUGAUAAAUAAGAAUAGUGAAGUGAGUACGAGGAAGCCGGGCUAUGAGCAUCCUCGUCGAAGAAACAAUACCAGUAGCUGUUAUGAAAUCCGUCUCGGAAGGUGAUUUGGGUGUGGAUGGGGUUAACAAAUCACAAAACCCGAUGAAGUCGAGUGUACCGACAAGAACUAACGAACGGGACAGUUUAACCCUAAAACGUACGUUUACACUGCCGAAAAAUCCAUUUCAAAGUGCAACAACGAGAAUGUCAAAAAGACGGAGUGGUUCUAAACAGUGGAAUCGUUCUGACAACAAUAAUACUAUGCCACAAGACAAUACACGCUCUAUUAUGACGAACGAUACAAAUAUUGGGCCUAUCGGGGCUUCCCAAAAUUUUCAUGCUAGUUUAGCCAGUGAUAAAACUGGCAGAAAAGUAUUUAGGCGUCCCCCUUGGAAAAAAUUUUUCAAUAAAAUGGUCCAGCAUAUAUCCAGUGUCGGUGUACAAACUAAAACGUCAAACAGAAGCGAUUUAGGCUCGAGUUUAAACGACGUUAGAGUUCCACCGCCAAGACCUGCUCACAUCCUGCCAGACCGAGUCCCCGGUGUUAUUGGGCUUAGGAAUCAUGGAAAUACCUGCUUCAUGAACGCUGUACUUCAAUGUCUCUCACAUACUGACAUACUCGCAGAAUAUUUCGUACUCGACACUUAUAAAAUUGAUUUAUCCAGGAGAAAUAAACUCAAUUCCAAAAAGUAUGGUACCAAGGGUGAAAUUACUGAGCAAUUAGCUCUCCUUCUCAAAGCUAUAUGGAGCUGCCAGUACGAUCCUGAAAUGAGCACCGCUUUCAAGAGCGUCGUCGACAAAUACGGCAGCCAAUACAGGGGUAAUCUUCAGCACGACGCUCAGGAAUUUUUACUUUGGCUACUGGACAAAGUCCACGAGGACCUCAAUCAGGCUACCAAAAAGAAGUACAAAAUCAUUAAGAAUUCAUUUGGAAGACCGGACUCCAUAGUGGCAGCAGAAACUCUAGCAAAUCACGUGCGAUGCAACAAUUCUUUCGUUCAUGCGGUUUUUCAAGCUCAAUUUCGCUCGAGUCUGACGUGCCCGAGAUGUCACAGGCAAUCAAAUACGUUCGAUCCUUUCCUCUGCGUAUCCGUGCCCGUGCCGCAGCAUCAUCGUCAAAUAAAUCUAUACGUUAAUGUUUUAUACACGUCGCAACAACCGCGACAAGUUAGAAUUGGUGUCAGCGUUAAUCAGGCAUCGAACGUCAAAGAACUGAGGGAUAUACUCGCGAGCGAUACUGGCAUUGAUGAGAAUCAUAUGCUGCUCACGGAAAUACACGAUGAAGGCUUUCACAGAACUUUCUCGGACUGUCAGCCAUUGUCGGUAAUAACGGAAAACGAUCCGCUCUACUGCAUCGAAUUACCGCAGUUAAAGGAACCAACGGAGCAAGCGUACAUCCUCCUGGUGUGGGUGAAUGUAUUGGUCAAAGGUGAACUGCGUGAGCGUUUCGGAAGUCCUUAUACGAUGCAAGUAUCACGGGAAACAUCUUACGAGGAUCUGCAAAAGUUGUUAUUGAAAGAAAUGCAUUCGACGUUGAGCGAUGAUGUUUUAACGUCGAGCCAAAACCCUGGAUUGUUCAAUAUUCGAGUCGCUGAUCCUGCGGCAACGCCGAUACAGGACGAGCAUCCGUGCAUAGAUCCCGGUGUUGAACACCCUCUGUACGUCGAGCAAAUAGAACAGGCGUUGUCGCUGUGCGCCGAUGAUUCUGGACCGCAGCACGUAAAACUUAUCCUGGAAUGGGACGACGCGACGAAAAGUAAAAUAAUCCAAGACGACACCGAUUCGAUCGAAGAGCACGCUUCGGUUAAACAAUUGAAAACUAAUUCCGAGCUGGGAGGAGCCGUAACGCUGGAAGAAUGUUUUGAUCUUUAUACGCGAGCUGAAAUUCUUGGCGCCGAAGAUGCCUGGCACUGUCCUUAUUGCAACAAAAAACAGGAAGUCGUGAAGAAACUUGGAUUGUGGUCGCUGCCCGAUAUUUUGGUCAUACAUUUGAAACGCUUUCGCCAACAAACUCGACAGCGAUCGACUUCAAAGCUGACGAUACUCGUCGAUUUUCCCCUUUAUGGAUUCGACAUGACGCCACAUCUGGCACAUACAGUUACUAGCCAUACCAACAGCGUAAACAGCCUCGUUGGCCACGGUUGGUCACCUUGGAAAAAGCCGAGACCACGCAAUCAGCCAAAUUUGCCAAAAUACGAUGAGAAUGUUUAUGAUCUUUACGCCAUUUGUAAUCAUCACGGACAGGACCUUCAGGGCGGACAUUAUACCGCGUAUUGUCGGAAUCCUUACGACACACAAUGGUACUGUUUCGACGACACGAGAGUCGAAACCGUCACCGAGACGAAUCUCAUCACGAACUCAGCUUACAUGCUCUUCUACCAGAGACGAGGAUUGUCCAAUAAUUCAAUCGGCAAUUCCUCCGCUGCAUCCACGAGUUCCGCUGGAUCGGGACUCGAUCAUUGGGUCUCUCGUAUGCCACCUUUUCAGUAUAACAACAAAAAUUCUUCCAACACGGGCAACAACAAACAAAGCAAAUCACAGGAGACCCUUUGCCAGGAGAAAAUUGUCGAGGAAAAAAAUUUAAACAAUUUCAGUCGUGGCUGUCGGAAUUAUGCAACUUUACAACCCAACAAGAGAAACGUCGCAACCGAAACUGAGACUGGAGAAACCGAUCAUUAUUCCGACGACGAGGCGCCAUCCAGACGAGAAUGGGCAUCGCCGAAACCAGUGAGAAAGACAUCAUCAAUAACACUUUCACCUCUGAUGCCAGCCCCUGUAAUAGACGACGAAAUCAACGACCCAGAGACAGCUGUGAUACACGAGUCAACCUUGUAACACACGAUUUAAGCCAGACUCGUGAAACAGUCUUGGCUUCUACAAAUUCGAAAACCGAAUUACCAAUGAGGAAGGAAAACGAAAGAAAAACAGGAACAUUUUCCUUCGGGCUGUGGUGUCCACGUGCCAAGGGAAAACCGCGCCGAAUAAAAACGAAAGAUGAAGAAAGAAUUUUCGAAGAACGAGCAACAAAAGAACUUAUGCGUAUGCAGAAACAGUAGAAGAAACAUACAUAGAGAAAAAUCAAGAAAAAAAAGAAAUACAAACCUAUAAUAACUUCAUAAGUUGCCAAUGUCCGUAAAACUCGUGAUAAAGUGGAAACGGCGUUUAAGAAUUCCCAGACCAUAGUUUCGAAAUAUUUCCUAAUUAGACGACAACAUUUCUACGUCUUUUCAUAUACAUUUAGAUGUUAAAAACGUGCAACGUGAGAUCUCAAAAAUAAGCAUAGGAGGAAAAAACAGAGAAAUGUCUACCCUCGAAUCGUCUACGCGAAAAAAUGUCCGUAUUUAUUCUCACGUCUUUGCAACACAGAGAGUAAUAAGUGUGAUUUUUCUUUCAUUCGUUAUCUGUAUAUGAAAAAUCGUUUCCUCCAUGCAAUAAUGUGUAUAUGAUCGUGUGCAUGAUUUAUACUUGAUUUCAUAACGAUUAUUGCACCUCUUCAUUUCCCAAUUAAUCAACAAAUGUUCAAUAUAGCCGUCAAUUUCAGAAACGGUUUUACACGUGCAAAAAAGUUACGAUCUCGAAAUAACGUUUGGAGAUAAUCUCUACGACCCUCCCACUGAAUUGGAACGAUUCCAAAAGUAACCAUUGACCUUCGAUGAUAGAUAAAAAAUUGUACGUGACUAUUCGACGUAGUUUAAAAUGCCCAAGAGAUACAAUGCUCGUUUGCAGUUCGUAACAAUAUUUCAAAAAAAUACGUUCCCUGCGAAAUAGGUUGAGCAAGUUCGUAUCAUGCAGAAAAAUGUCUAAUCGUUAAUUAAACAUUUCAAAGAAAAACGAUCAAUAAUCUUUAUUAAAAAAUUUGUUUUUUUGAGUCUGCUAAAGAAAAAUGAGAAAAUUUAAACCUAUUUUUACGUGGUUGUGGGCAGUACCAAAAUUGAAUUGUGUCCGUUUCUUUUUCUCAUUAUUUGUGGCCUCAGUGUGACUGGCAGCGCCAUGUAAUGAGGUUGGACAAAAAUUGAAAAAAAAUACAGAGACUUUGAGAUGAAACCAGAGUUUUUGGAAACCUUAAACACAAUAUGAAAAUGUGCAGCUGUGAACUUGGCUGAAUUUUGUUCAUUAACGCAAUUUUUCAUAAUAAUUCGAGACAGAUAUUGGAAAGGACCCCUCCCUUUUUCAAAAAGAGAUUUCUAGAAAACACGAAACGCUAUUUGAGCGAUUUUCUAAGCAAUUCAUCUGAACCUCGUGACCCGUUCUGCAGGUCAACUUUUUUUUCAAAAUGAUUUUGAGCUACGCUCAGUAUCCUUGGCGUGGAUAGUCUGAAACGUACGAAUAUUUAUAUCAUCGAAGCUCUCUAGAGUUUUUAAUUCAAAAUUUAUAUUCAAACAGCUUUGGGACAUUGGAAUUAUUUUUUGACCUCGUAACCAACUAGUUUUCACGAUUUCACUACUUACCAAAACCCAACGGACUGAGAUGGUUCGAAAGAAGCGAUUACCGAAUUUCAUUUGAAACAGUAUUAAGAGAAAAAAUGCAGAUAGAAAUAAAAUCAUUCAGGAGAUUUUCAUACUGUUGUCCAUUCAUAGUUGGUUCAACUAUUUUCCUCAUACCCAUGGAGCAUCAAAUCGAUCAAUUCUCAGCUUUUGACAACAUGAGAUUCAAAUUCGUGCUAUAACCAAAUUGAGACCUUGGAAUUUAAAGACACAAUGACAAAAAUUCAAAACCCAAAGUGUAACAUCGUUGAAUUAUCAUAUGGGAUUGGAGAUAAUAUUGAAUUACUGACAUAAUGGAGGAAAAGUAAUCAAACGUCUCAAUUCGGGUAAAGUUUAGCUUUUAAUUUAACAAUUUGAAAAACUUCCGUUCGUACGAUUAGACACUAUUAUCUGUAUAAGUAGAACCGAAUAAACUGUGGUGGUUUCAGGAAUAAAAAAAGAAAAACAAACAAACAAACGAGACUGAGCAUUCGGGAAAAAAAGAAAAGAAGUGAAAUAGUUGAAGAAAAUCAAUUCUCCAUGAGGUCUUCUGUCCCUUAGCUUAGCACAGUCUUGUGACAAUAAACGCGUUUAUCCUCAGACGUGGCCAUCGUUGCAUGCGUUGAGUCGAAAAUAACUGAGAAAAUGCUAAACAAGUCUCUGCUGUCAAUGUUUUUCCUUUUUUGCUGUUUUUUCUGGACACCCUAAUUAGGUGUUUUCGUGGUUGCCAAAAUCCCGAAGGCUCCGAUUCAUUAGUCAUAAUAUUUAUAUAUAAAUAUUGUAUUUGUAUCAUCCACUAGUGGCCUUAAAUCUCGAUAUAAUUGAUAUAACCGUAACAAGCUAAAUACCAGAAUUAUUUUGAAAAACACACAUACACACACACACACAAACAAUUGGAUAGACGUAAAUGUGCAACUAUCGAAGAAAUACAGGCGGACAUUGAUAUUCAAUAUUUGUAAAAAUAUUGUUUGUAAAAAUUGUUUGAAAAACGAGCGUAUUUAUAAGAAUAAUUGCAAGCAACGUUCGUUCGUAUGCUCAGAACAAAUUAUUCGUAUGUGAACCGUCUGUAAAGGCAUUUUUUUUUUUAAUUUAUACGAUUCUGAUGCCCGAUUGAGACAAAAAACAAUGAAAAAAAAUCAAGACACGAAAAUAGUAAAAAAAAAAAACAACUGGUAAAGACUGUACGAAAGCUUCCGGUACUAAUUAAAUCGUCAUUUCCGGCCUUAAAAAUACGUUUUUUCAUCUCACGAAAAGAGGCGUCGAUCAAAAUGAAACCGCGCUUGGAGAGGCAUUAACGAUGAUUUGAUAAUAAAUGAAAAAAGAAAUAAGAAAACAAUAUUUGCUCGUGAUUUUUACUCUGAUAUUCGUUCUCGCUUGUUGAGAAGGCUUUUUCGGCGCCGUUGCAGGGACAAUAGACUAUACCGUUAUCCACGUGAAUUAUUUCCUCAUUUUUUCGUAUUUCCAAUAAUUCUCUGUCACCCCCCGCUCCCUCUACGCCCUCCGAAGUCCGUAAUAAUCAUUCCACAGAUGGGUUUGAAAUUUUUUAGCUGAAGCAGAGCGUGGGAGAGCAAGAUAAUAAAUUGCGAGAAACUAUCGAUCGAGAUGCGUACCGGAGUUUCGAUUUAUAUAUGACAUAUGUACAGAACAUAUAAAUAUAUAAAUUUGUAGCGAUUGCGAGAGAAUGACAAAACGAGAGAGAGGCAGAGAGAUUUAAGUUAUAUAUAGUACACAUAUAUAUAUAAAUAUAUAUAUAUAUUUCGAGAGCAACAUUUAUUACUAGUCACACGCAUUGUGGACAAAGGUAGAAAAGCGCACGCGAAUAAAUUGAAAGAUAAAAAAGAAAUGUGAGGACGAAUUUGAUUGCGACGAAUGCGAAAUUGUUAAAUGAAAAAAUGAAGCGAAUGGUUUUGUAGUAUCGAUACGUGCGCGGCUAUUAUGGGGAAAAAAGAAAAGCCCAUUAUUCAUAUGAUUUAUUUGUGUUAACCGACUGAGGAUUAUUAUUAUUAUUAUUAUCAUAAUUAUUCAUCAUUGUAAUUUUUUUUUUUGGUUAAUUUUUUUUCUCUUUGUUCAAAAUAAAUAGAGAAUGUAUAUAUAGGCAAUGAAAAAAUUUGCGAUCGACGUAUAUCCACCGAUAUUUCAUUGAUAAUCAUCAUUAUUCUUCCUCCGCAAUUAUAAAUUGUACAAUACCCUUCAUCUCAAUAAUAAAAAAUUUUAUUCGUA